AUGGCCGACGACACCACAGCUACGGAGGAAACUCCCAUCACCUUCACCGUCAAGUCCUCUACCGAUGCCAAGUUUACUCUUACUCUCCCUCUUUCAACCCUUGUCUCGGAACUCAAGGAGAAGCUCUCGAGCCCUGAAUAUGCCGAUACCCCCUCCGAUCGCCAGCGUCUGAUCUACUCCGGUCGAGUACUGAAAGAUAGCGAGACGCUGGAGACUUAUAAGAUCAAGGAUGGCCAUACCAUUCACCUGGUAAAGAGUGCCGCCAGCAACCAACAACGCUCGAAUACAUCCACCCAAUCCAGCGCUACAACAGCCGGUGCCGGCACCACCCCAAGCCAGCCCGCUCCCGGUGUUCCCACUAAUCUCGCUGCUGGUACCGGUAACAACCCUCUUGCUGGUCUGACAGGCGCCCGAUAUGCUGGUUUUGCCCAGCUUCCUGGGGCAGGUCUUUUUGGCCCUGACGGUGGGGUACGUUUUAUCACCCAUAUCAUAUACUACUCAAGGUCCCUCAACUGCGUCGGCCUUUCUUGUUUCUGUCUGCAGUUUACUAACUUUCGUGCGGCUGCAUUAGAUGGGCCCUCCCCGGACAGCGAAGCGAUGCUGAACAUGCUUGAAAAUCCCCAAAUCCAGUCCCAGAUCAACGAGGCCCUGCAGAAUCCUGCGAUGAUCGACAUGAUGAUCCAACAGAACCCUAUGCUUCGCGACAUGGGACCCAUGGCACGAGAGCUGAUGCAACGGCCUGCAUUCCGCCGUAUGCUUACCGAUCCUGCGUCUCUCCGCCAAAUGAUGCAGAUGCAGCGGGCAAUGGGGAUGGGAGGUGGCGGCAUGGGUGGUGGUGAUAGUGCUUUCCCGGCCCCUGGCGUGACCAACACGACCGAGGGAAACCAGAAUAAUACACCAGCCAAUCCAUUCGGCCAAAUGCCUCAGAACCCAAUGAUGGGAGGAAAUCCAUUCGCCGCUCUCUUUGGCGGCCAGGGCUUCGGUCAGCCUCCGGCCAGCACUGCCACCCCGGGAAACAACCAAACUGAGGGUGUCCAAGAUGCUCAGAGCACUACAGACCGAUCCGCGACUGGAGAUGGACAGGCUCCGAAUCCCGAGACUGCUCAGAAUCCAUUCGCCUCUCUUCUUAACCCCGCUUUGUUUGGCAAUGGCGGCAAUGGCGGCCAAGGAGGCAUCAACCCGUUCGACCCACAACAGAACCCAUUCCUACGUGAUCCGGCCCUCCUUAGCCAGAUGAUGCAGGGAAUGGGAGGACCGGGUGCUGAGGGUGGUGCCACUGGUGCCAAUCCCCUAGCAGCUCUGUUUGGGGGUGGUGGCUUUGGCUCUCCACAACCUCCGGAUAACAGACCACCAGAGGAUAGAUAUGCCGAUCAGCUUCGUCAAUUGAACGACAUGGGUUUUUUUGAAUUCGAGCGAAAUAUUGAGGCUCUGCGUCGGUCGGGUGGCAGUGUCCAGGGAGCUGUCGAGUACCUGCUGACCCACGACUCAUGA